UUCAAUGUCAGCGUCUAUAUUACAUAUUUAUGAUGUGCGUACACUACUAAAUUACAGCCUUAUCAAUAUCUAUAAUCUAUACCACCAAUAUGAUCGUUGAUUAUGAUAGAACGUCCUCAAUGGAUCUAACAACCAAUGCAGAUUUUCGAAACGAAUCCUUUUUAUCUAUUUUAGACAAUAAAAACCAAAUAAUCAGUACUUUAAAACAUCGAUUAGAAAACCAGAAGUUGCAAAUAUUAUACUAUUUAAAAAAAGAAAUAGAAUAUCCAAAACUUAUAGACCUGUCUCGAACGUGUACUUCAGAAACCAGUGAAAGUUUACCUAUAUCACUAGCUUUAGAACAUUUUAAAAAAGAAAAUAAUAUCAAGAGUAAUUUAUCGUCAUUAUACGAGUAUAUGAAAAAUGUUGAUAGUAAGCUCACAAAAAAUUUAAAUUCUCAAGAAUGUUUAUUAAGAAAACUUGUUGAGAAACUGUGCGAGGUAAUCAGAAAUUCUGAAAAAAAUGGUUCACUAACUAACACAGUUAUAACACAAAGUUCGUUUUGGGUCGAUUUAUUUAACGAUCUUUUAAAAGCAACAAUUGGACUAAGGAAAAAUUUACAUUCAUUUCAGGUUAGUUGUAAUAAUUUGGUAGUUGUAGAAGAUGAAAGGAACUGUCUUAUUGAACAAGUUCUUUGUUUAUCACCAGAAGAAAAACUAAAUUUCAAUAUUUUAAUAAAUAUUAAGCAAGAACAAAAAGAAUUGGAAAGAAAGAGUGUGGAGUUGAGAAAGCAACAAGAUAACUAUAAAGAACUGAGAGUGUUAAACGCUAUAGAGGAAGAGGUGUCUGUUUUGCAAAAGCAGAUUAAUAUGUCAAUUGAGGAAGCAGAUAAUUUGUCUUAUGUUGGAAAUCUAAUAAAUAAUCUUCAUAACGAUGCUAAGAUGCUACUGGAUGUUACAAAAAAACAUGAUCGACCUGAUGAAUACAAAUCGUUCAUAAUCAAUCUAGUCAAAACAGCAAUCUCAAAUGGGGAAUUACACACUAAUAACAAAGAAGAAUUAAUAUUGUUUCAGGCUAUUAAAACUGAAUUUAAUAGUAUACAAACACAGUUAAAAGAAGAGUUAAUGCAUAUUAAAGAUAAAUAUGAGUGUAUCAAGGGCAGACUACAAACCGUCCUGCAAGAAAAAAAUGAGCUGAAGACAAUAAAGAAUGAACUAGAAUGUCUUAUCAAAUAUAUGGAAAAGAGCCAUGCGUAUGAAAUCAGUUCUUUAAAAAAAGAAAGGGACAAACUCAAAAAGGAAUUGGAUGAUUUAGAAGUAAACAAACUUUCAAAUAAUGAACCUCUUACUCCAGUAUCAUCCAAUAUUCCAAGGAAAGAAAUAGAAAUGAACAAAACUAUAAGACAAUUAGAAAAAAAUUUAUCUCUUAUGACAGAGACAAUUGCUAAGCAAAACCAAGAAAUUCUUCGCCAAGGUGAAACAAUAGAAAACCUUAAGAAAUCUUGUAAAACAACAAAUGUCGGAUCUAUUGGAGUCCAACAUAGUUCUAAAAAAGAUUCUACUAAUACUAAACGCUUAGAUAAAAAUGCAGUGAGAAAAAAAAGUACUAUAGGACCAGAAGAAAAUCUUAAUUGUAAGAUACCCGUUACAAGCCUAUACAAUUCUGCAGAUCAUUCACAUAAAAAAAAAUUAGUCGUCAAAAAAUCUGUUAAUAAAGACGUAAAAUUAAAUAAAAGUUCUUGUUCAUAUUCUAACUCAUUGAUUACUAAAAACUGUGAUAAAAAACACAUUGAAAAAAAGGUUGGAUGUAGUAAAGCCGCAAUAGACUUAAUGAGGGACUGCUCCCAAGAGAGUGUUCCUGAUUUUUGUUCACCAGUACGUGCACCGAUUAUUUCGGAAAGAAAGUGUUCACGAAGUGUAGAAGUUUUAGAACCGAACAAUUAAUGACAUCCAUCAUAAGAAGAAUAUAUUAUGAAUAAAAUCUUUUUCUUACGUAUAACGUUAGAGAAGUCACAAAGAUUAUUUAAAAUAAUAAAAAAAUUCUUUUCAAAUGACUUUCUG